UCGUUCCUCAGAGGAGGUCUCAACUUCAGAACCGAAGCGUAAGUCUUCCCCUUAUUUGGGGCGCUGACUAGACUUUGAGUACCAGAAGUCACCAUCUGGUCCGAGGGAAAUGAAAAAGAAUCCGGUGGAAGUCAUCAAGUUUAGUCCGAUACAAAAAGAAAAGAUUGAUUAUAAAUCAGCAAAGAAAUUACAAAUGAAGUUAUCUAAAAUGAAAGACCUUCCAAAUGAAAAUGUUCGAAAUAGAAUUAAAAGGGUGGACAAUAAAGGAACGUCAAUUGCUGUUCCACCGUUACAAAAUAUCAGUAGUGAAGGAUUAUUGCCCUUACAAAUUGCCAAUUGGCUAAUAUACAAUCAUUUAGAUAAACUGAACUAUCGUCUUAGUUUGUCGUAUAUUCAGAGUGAAUUAUUUAUGUCUACAAAUCCAGAAAAUAUGUUUAGUGUAUAUGACAUAUUAGAUUUAUUGGGUAUUUCAAGAGAUUCCAACUUUUAUAGGAAUUUCAUUAUGGAAUUCUCUAUGAUGGAUCAUAAAGGAGUUUUGUAUUCCUUAUUAAGACAUUGUGUGAAGCAGCAUAUAAUGAAAUCUUUUUCAGAUGUUGAAGUUCAAGUGAAUACUUUAAAGGAAACAAAGACAAUUUCUGAAAAAUUACAUGAAAUUGAUGAAGCGUUUAAAGAGAGACAAAAAAAUUUACGUGAAACUUUACAAAUUCAAGACACCAAUAAAACAAAAACUAAAUUAGAAAGAAAUGAUAUGUUAGAAAUACUGAAGAAAAUAGAGAUAGAAAACAUUAAAAAAGCUGAACAGUUACAUUAUCAGAAUGAAUUAGAACAUGCUACAUCUAGAAUUCAAAUGGAAUUUGAAACAAAAUUUCAACUUUUAAAAGAAGAACAUGACCAAUGUCAAAUGGAAAUAGAGAAGAAAAGAAAAUUAGAGCAAUUAGAAAUUAAACAAUUAAAAGAUGAACUCUUAAAAGAAAUUGAAAGGUUGCAGAAUUAUGAAGAGAAAAUGAACAAUGAAUUAGAAAAAAAGAAAAAUCAACUUGAUAUAGAAGAACAGUUAAUUUCUGAAAAGAAAAAUGAUUUGAAAGUUAAGGAAUAUGAAAUAGAAAAACGACUUUUGCAGAUAACUUCUAGAGAUGAUGAAAACUUAGAUAUAUCUGAAAAAUCAAGAAAUAUUGAGAAAAAAUAUGAGAAACUAAAAGACUUGGAAAUAAAAAUUCACGAUGAUAGUAAAAGGUUAAAAGAAGAAAAGAUUCAAGUAAACAAAAUUAUGAAUGAAUUUGAGGAACUUAAACCAAAGUUUUUUGAUCUUGAAUUAUCUUUGAAAUCUCUAGAAGAAAAAUAUCAUGUUGUUUUAAAACAAAAUCAUCAUUUGUCAGAGAAAAUUCAGUCCAUGGCUGAUUAUGCAACUGUUAAGUCAGAAUUGUUGUAUACAAAAAAAGAACUGCAGAAUGUGAAACAACACUUUAUGGAAAUAUUAAAUGAAACAAGACAAGAUUUAUUCAACUCAUAUAAUAAAAAUUUUCAGCAGUGGUGGAAAGAACAGAAAAGCAUUCAAAAUUCUUCUAAUAAAGAAACUGUUGUUGAAAAUCUUUGGAAAGAACAACAAACUUUAUUAGAGAAAAAACUUGAAAAUUUGCACAAUAAAUUUGUUACAAGGAAUGAUGAACAACAGGAGGAGAUUCAAGAUCUCAAAAAUUCAGUACAAAACUUACAAGUAAAACUAAUGCAAAAUGUAAGGACUGCCGACAGUAUACCAUCUACUCAGACACAAUCCAAUGCGACUUAUGCACUUUCGAAACCAUCAAAUGUAUUUACGAUACCAUCUUGGAAAAAAUCCGAUGAUACAGAUCAGGCAUUACCUUCAUCGGUUCAAGGUGACUAUCAUCAUACAUUUAAAUUGCAGCAUUCGAAUCCGUAUCGUUUAUAUAAAAGUCACAACUUUGAUAAAGAAAAAUCAUUUAAAUUUAUCUCAGAAGCGAGAAAACGAAUCGAUCAUCUUCAAAACGAAGCAGAAGCAUUAGAAAAGAAAUACGGAGAACAUUUACAGGCAAAUGCAAAUUUAUACUUGACCAUGCCAUCGUCUCUCAAUUCUCUGUUUGAUACGGAAUAUUCAUCUUUUCCAAAUAUUCGUAAGUUUAAUUCCUAUUCACACUUAAGAAGUUAUAAGAAUGAGUAUAAAACGAGACAUUUAACCGAAAAUAUUCAGUUGUCAUCAAUAUAUGCUAGUUCUCCUAUAAUUAUUCCAAAAACUUCAACAGCUACAAAAAUUGAUUUAAUGCAGAAAAAUUUUAAAUCUUUUACUUUGAAUGCUAAUUCGUCACAGUUACAAAGUUCAGAGGAUAAAUUAAAAUUUAUAGAAGAAAAGGAUAGAGACAAUCGAAUAGAUGAGAGUAUUCACGUACUUACUAAGAAAGUAAGUGACAAAGUUUUAAAUAAAAUGAAAAAAGUCGAAAAUGAAGACACUUCAACAAAAAUCGAAACAAAAUCAAAUUUUGUCGAGAAACAAGAAUCGCCAAUCGAAACUGAAGAGUCAAUCAAAGAUGCAAUCGAUGUAGAAAGUACUGAGAAACAAAAAGAAAUGACUGAAAUAUCAAAAAGAAACGAAAGUUCAUCGGAAGUAGUUUUAAGUUUGAAAAAAUCAAAUGAAAAGUCAGUCCAAGAAAAUUUUUCACAGCAGGAGUCAAACAGAACUGAUAUAAAGCAAGCAGAAGUAUCAGAAAAAAUUCACGAUGUAAGUCCAGAGAAAACAUACCAAUUUUCUUCUUACAUUAUCGAUCUCGAUGCUAAAUGGAAGGAAACGAAAGAAACCGAAGAAGCGGUUAAGGAAAUAUCUUUAGGGUCUAAUGUAUCUCAGAAUGACAAAAAAGAAAAUUCUGAUGUAAGUCCUAUUCAUAAAAUUGAAAAUGAUGAUAACCAAUUUAGCAAAGGCAGCUCUCCCCAGCACACUAUCGAAAACAUCGAUUCUAUUAAGUCUUUAAAUGCAGAUUCGGAGUUAAAUAAAAUAUCCGAUAGUAAAGAAGCCGAAUUGCCUUCGGAAUUGAAAUCCGAAGAAAAAGAGGUGAAAGGAAUGACGUUUGAAAUCGCGGAACCAGCGAGUAAGGUAGAAAUGUCUGAAAAUAUUGAUAUAGACCAGAAUGGUUCUAGUAAAAGAUCGGGAGAUACGGAUUUUCCCAGCGAUAAUAGCGAUUUAAAUAUUUCAGCAGGAAGUGCCGAUAAAGUUCCAGGAAAUGACGAUUCAGACUGGUAAAAAAGUUAGUAGAAAAGGGGAAAUCUAUAGAAAAACAAUAUUAUAUUAAGGGUAAUUUUAGAAAUAUUUUUAUAGAAAAAUAUAUUUUUCAGUGAUUUUAAAAUUUAUGUGAAAUAGAUAAAGACGAGCAUUAGACAUUUUAUUUUUUUAAAUAUUUAUUACGUAUUCUGUCCGCGUAUACAACUCGUAUUUGUUUAUAAUAUUUAAUUGCGUGUAAAUGGUAUAUUUUAUUAAUUAUAUUUUACAUUGUUAUGUUUCGUGCGUAGUUUUUUUAAUUGUAAAUUA